AUUCUAACAACACACACAACUCUGGAGCACUCAGAUUGUGCUUUCAUGGCAGACAACGAGGCGAUCUACGACAUUUGCAGAAGAAAUCUGGACAUUGAGAGACCCACCUACACAAACCUCAACAGACUGAUUGGCCAGAUAGUAUCGUCGAUCACCGCCUCCUUGAGAUUCGACGGAGCUCUCAACGUGGAUCUCACAGAAUUCCAAACCAAUCUAGUCCCCUACCCGAGAAUCCACUUCCCUCUAGUCACUUAUGCACCAAUCGUGUCGGCUGAGAAGGCCUACCAUGAACAGCUGUCUGUCAAUGAGAUAACCAACUCUUGCUUUGAGCCAGCCAACCAAAUGGUGAAGUGCGAUCCCAGACAUGGCAAAUACAUGGCCUGCUGCAUGCUGUAUAGAGGUGAUGUCGUUCCCAAGGACGUGAAUACAGCAAUCGCCACUAUCAAGACAAAGAGAACAAUACAAUUUGUUGACUGGUGCCCCACAGGCUUCAAGGUACAGUAUAGUUGAUGAGAGAUAAUAUUU